AUGGGCUCCAAUGAAAUUCACGAUCAAGAAAAAAUGACAAAAUUCCUGGAACUCGGUAUGGAAAAUGGUGAAAUCUGUGAUGGAACACUCACAAGUGAGCCAAGUAAAAUGCGUGAAAUUUGGAAAAUACGAGAGGACACUCCGAUUGCCUUAAUGAAAGAUGGAUAUCUUUUCUCUUACGACAUAUCUGUACCACUUCGUCGAUUUUAUGAAAUUGUACCAAUUUUGGAGAAAAGACUUGGAAAACAGGCUUAUCGAGUUUGUGGUUUUGGCCAUUUAGGUGAUUCAAACCUUCAUUUAAAUGUUACCGCCAGAGAAUAUAGCUCAGAACUUUGUAAGGCAAUUGAACCAUUUGCUUAUGAAUACACUUCAAGUUUGAAAGGAAGCGUUAGUGCUGAACAUGGUAUUGGAUUUUUAAAAACUAAAUAUCUAAAGUUUUCAAAGUCACAAAAUUCUAUAAAUAUGAUGAAGGAAAUAAAACAUUUAAUGGAUCCAAAUGGAAUUCUCAAUCCAUACAAAGUUUUGUAG